AUGGCAGUCUCUCGAACCUUUGUGCGCGGUCUGCUGACCCGUCAGAUGGCCAAGAGCAGCAACGCGCACGUCCACCUGCCUGUCAUCUCUGUCCCUUGCAGUCUGGCACACGGUGCUUGCUCCAGCAGCAACGCCAUCGCCGGACCUUCAAGCCUCCUCGGCGCAAUGUCCGACGCUGCGCGGCCAUUCAGCAGCACGCCCAUCUCCUUCAAGGGCAAAGAGGCCAGUGCGGGCGAGCACGCGUCCAUUGAUCCAUCCAUCAAACAACCCUACCCAGCUUCUGAGCUGGAGCAGCGUCAAAAGUCUGACUUGGGCCACGCAACGGUUGGCAGGGUGGAGAGCAAAGCCAAACGCAGUCUGGCCUCUUUCAACAUGCAGGGUAAAGUGUGCGUAGUGACUGGAGCUGCGAGGGGAUUGGGUAAUUUGAUCGCUAGGACUUUCAUAGAGAGCGGAGCGGAUCGUUUGGCCAUCUUGGACUUGGACGCUAAGCAGAGCCAAGAUGCUGCUGAAGAUGUGCUGAAGUGGUUCGAAGAGAAUGGACAGGUGUUCGAGGGGGAGAUCGAAGUGCAAGGUUGGGGCGUCAAUGUGGCGGACGAGGAGAGCGUGGCGCGCACCAUGCAAGACAUUCGACGCAAAUGGGGAAGCAUAGAUGUGCUGGUCAACAGUGCCGGCAUAGUGGAGAAUUAUCCGGCAGAAGAGUACCCCACGCCAAACAUCAAGAAGCUGUUCGAUAUCAACAUUACAGGAAGCUACUUUGUGGCUAGGGAAGCAGCCAAAAUCAUGCUGCAAGAUCAGAGACCAGGUUCCAUCGUGCUCAUCGCUUCCAUGUCUGCAUCCGUCGUCAAUGUUCCUCAAGCUCAGUCUCCGUACAACGCUUCCAAAGCCGCAGUCGUGCAGCUCGCAAAGUCCCUCGCCGUCGAGUGGGCUACGCGCGGUAUUCGAGUCAAUACGCUCAGGUGAGUUGAACGCGUGUAAUUGCCUUCCCGACUGCGCUCAAUGCUCAACUGGCGCGUCUGCCUUGCUCGUUGGCGCUUUAGCCCUGGAUACAUGGCUACGGCUCUGACCAAGCAAGUGCUCGAACAGAGCCCGAGCGGUAAAGAGCUCAAAGCCAAGUGGGAAGCGUACACUCCCAUGGGACGCAUGGGCGAUCCUCAAGAUCUCAAGGGCGCAGUCGUCUACCUCGCCAGCGACGCUAGCGCCUUUACAACGGGUCAAGACAUCAUCGUCGACGGUGGCUACACUGCCAUCUGA